GAUGCUUGCCCGUGUGUCCUAGUCCCCGACAACCUUCUGUGGGCCUUCUGAUCCACCCCUCUUCAUGUGGCAGGGACACUGAUGGAGCUGCUCAGAGGGAGCCUUGGUGAACUCUGCCAUGGUAAUUUAAGGAAGCUCUCGUAGAAGUCCUCACUUGCAGUUCCCCAGUGUCGGGAAGGCCUGGACUCCAAGAUGAUUGUAAAGGAGUAUCGGAUCCCUCUGCCGAUGACUGUGGAGGAGUACCGCAUCGCCCAGCUGUACAUGAUUCAGAAGAAGAGUCGUAACGAGACCUAUGGUGAAGGCAGUGGCGUGGAGAUCCUGGAAAACCGGCCCUACACGGAUGGUCCCGGCGGCUCUGGACAGUACACACACAAGGUGUACCACGUGGGCAUGCACAUCCCUGGCUGGUUCCGCUCCAUCCUGCCCAAGGCGGCCCUGCGGGUGGUGGAGGAGUCCUGGAAUGCCUACCCCUAUACCCGGACCAGAUUCACCUGCCCUUUUGUGGAGAAGUUCUCCAUCGACAUCGAAACCUUUUACAAAACUGAUGCUGGGGACAGCCUUGACGUGUUCAGCCUGUCGCCUGUGGAAAAGAGCCAGCUGACAACUGACAUCAUCGACAUCGUCAAGGACCCCGUGCCCCCCAACGAGUACAAGACGGAAGAAGACCCCAAGCUGUUCCAGUCGGUCAAGACCCACCGGGGGCCCCUGUCUGACAAUUGGAUCGAGGAGUACAAGAAGCGGCUCCUGCCCGUCAUGUGUGCCUACAAGCUGUGCAAGGUGGAGUUCCGCUACUGGGGCAUGCAGUCCAAGAUCGAGCGGUUCAUCCACGACACUGGCCUGCGGCGGGUGAUGGUGCGGGCCCACCGGCAGGCCUGGUGCUGGCAGGACGAGUGGUACGGGCUGAGCAUGGAGCACAUCCGGGAGCUCGAGAGGGAGGCGCAGCUCAUGCUGUCCCGAAAGAUGGCCCAAUUCAACGAGGAUGAGGCAGGCACAGAGCUCACCAAGGACCCAGCCAGCCAGGACCAGGCAUCUGGGCCAGCCCCCGAGCCCAGCAGCAGCAACGGGGAGCCCCUGGUUGGGCGGGGGCUGAAGAAGCAGUGGUCCACGUCCUCCAAGUCCUCUCGGUCGUCCAAGCGGGGAGCCAGCCCUUCCCGCCACAGCAUCUCGGAGUGGAGGAUGCAGAGUAUCGCCAGGGACUCUGAUGAGAGCUCAGACGAUGAGUUCUUCGAUGCCCAAGAGGACCUCUCGGACUCUGAGGACAUGUUCCCCAAGGACAUCACAAAGUGGAGCUCCAACGACCUCAUGGACAAAAUGGAGAGCCCCGAGCCCGAGGACGCACAGGACAGUCUGUACCACCACAGCGGCCCUGAGUUCAGGGUGGCCUCCAGCGUGGAGCAGCUGAACAUCAUCGAGGAUGAGGUCAGCCAGCCGCUGGCCGCGCCACCCUCCAAGAUCCACGUGCUGCUGCUGGUGCUGCAUGGAGGCACCAUCCUGGACACCGGCGCUGGGGACCCCAGCUCCAAGCAGGGUGACACCAAUACCAUCUCCAAUGUGUUUGACACUGUCAUGCGUGUGCACUACCCCAGCGCCCUGGGCCACCUCGCCAUCCGCCUGGUGCCCUGCCCACCCGUCUGUGCCGAUGCCUUUGCUUUCGUCUCCAACCUCAGCCCCUACAGCCACGACGAGGGCUGUCUGUCCAGCAGUCAGGACCACAUCCCAUUGGCCGCCCUGCCACUGCUGGCUACCUCCUCACCUCAGUACCAGGAGGCAGUUGCCGUGGUGAUCCAGCGGGCCAACCUGGCUUAUGGGGACUUCAUCAAGUCCCAGGAGGGCAUGCCCUUCAACGGACAGGUCUGCCUGAUUGGGGACUGCGUUGGGGGCAUCCUGGCAUUCGAUGCUUUAUGCUACAGCAGCCAGCCAGUGUCUGAGAGCCAGAGCAGCAGCCGCCGUGGCAGCGUGGUCAGCGUGCAGGACGCCGAGCUGCUGUCCCCCGGCAUCCUGGUGAACACGGCGCCCAGCUCCAGCCUGGAGAGCAGUCGGCACCUGAGCCGCAGCAACAUCGACAUCCCCCGCAGCAAUGGCACCGAGGACCCCAAGAGGCAGUUGCCCCGAAAGAGGAGUGACUCAUCCACCUACGAGCUGGACACCAUCCAGCAGCACCAGGCCUUCCUGUCUAGCCUCCACGCCAGUGUGCUGAGGAAUGAGCCCAGCUCCCGCCACUCGAGCAGCUCCCCUGUGCUGGACGGCGCCGGGGCCCUGGGCAGGUUUGACUUUGAGAUCGCCGACCUCUUCCUCUUCGGGUGCCCGCUGGGGCUGGUCCUGGCCUUGAGGAAAACAGUCAUUCCCAGCCUGGAUGUUUUCCAGCUGCGGCCAGCCUGCCAGCAAGUCUACAACCUCUUCCACCCCGCGGACCCCUCUGCCUCGCGCCUGGAGCCACUGCUGGAGCGGCGCUUCCACACCCUGCCGCCCUUCAGCAUCCCUCGCUACCAGCGCUACCCACUGGGGGACGGCUCCUCCACACUGCUGGUCGAGACCAUGCAGAGAAAUCCUGAGCUGGUCCUGGAGGGUGGCCCCCUGGCCCCGCUCCCCACUGGGGACGGCUUCCUGGAGACCAGCAUCCCCGUUCCCACGCUCGCCGGGCAGGACGUGCCCCGCCAGAGCCCGGGCUGUGCUGAGUCGGAUGCGCUCCAGACCCAUAGCACAGUCUUCCAAGAGCACACGGCUCCCUCAUCCCCCGGCACAGCCCCUACCAGCCGUGGCUUCCGAAGAGCGAGCGAGAUCAGCAUCGCCAGCCAGGUGUCGGGCAUGGCCGAGAGCUACACUGCGUCCAGUAUUGCCCAGAAGGUCCCCUGGAUGCUCACCCAAACUCCCAGUGUCAGGCGCCUGUCCCUGCUCCUCCUGCCCCCCCCAGCCCCCAGUACUCCCAGCCCCUGCCCCUGGGCCAAACAGGUGAGCCCCAGCCUGGCAAGGGCACUGUGGCUCCCUGGCCUGGACUUCGGAGAAGUUGCCGCAAAGUGGUGGGGCCAGAAGCGGAUCGACUAUGCCCUGUACUGCCCUGACGCCCUCACAGCCUUCCCCACGGUGGCCCUGCCACACCUCUUCCACGCCAGCUACUGGGAGUCGACGGAUGUGGUCUCCUUCCUGUUGAGACAGGUCAUGAGGCACGACAGCGCCAGCAUCCUGGAGCUGGACGGCAAGGAGGUGUCGGUGUUCACCCCCUCGCAGCCCAGAGAGAAGUGGCAGCGCAAGAGGACACACGUGAAGCUUCGGAACGUGACCGCCAACCACCGGAUCAGCGACGCAGUUGCCAACGAGGACGGCCCGCAGGUGGUGACCGGCCGCUUCAUGUAUGGGCCCCUGGACAUGGUCACCCUGACUGGAGAGAAGGUGGAUGUGCACAUCAUGGUGCAGCCGCCCUCCGGCGAGUGGCUCUACCUGGACACGCUGGUAACCAACAGCAGUGGGCGCGUCUCCUACACCAUCCCCGAGUCACACCGCCUGGGGGUGGGCGUAUACCCCGUCAAGAUGGUGGUCAGGGGAGACCACACGUUUGCCGACAGCUACAUCACUGUGCUGCCCAAAGGCACGGAGUUCGUGGUCUUCAGCAUCGAUGGCUCCUUUGCCGCCAGUGUGUCCAUCAUGGGCAGCGACCCCAAGGUGCGGGCCGGGGCUGUGGACGUGGUGCGGCACUGGCAGGACCUGGGCUACCUCAUCAUCUAUGUGACGGGCCGGCCCGACAUGCAGAAGCAGCGGGUGGUGGCAUGGCUGGCCCAGCACAACUUCCCCCAUGGCGUGGUCUCUUUCUGCGAUGGCCUGGUCCAUGACCCGCUGAGGCACAAGGCCAACUUCCUGAAGCUGCUCAUCUCUGAGCUACACCUGCGCGUGCAUGCGGCCUACGGCUCCACAAAGGAUGUGGCAGUAUACAGUGCCAUCAGCCUGUCGCCCAUGCAGAUCUACAUCGUGGGUCGGCCCACCAAGAAGCUGCAGCAGCAGUGCCAGUUCAUUACAGACGGCUACGCGGCCCACCUGGCCCAGCUCAAGUACAAUCACCGGGCGCGGCCGGCCCGCAACACAGCCACCCGCAUGGCGCUGCGCAAAGGCAGCUUUGGCCUCCCCAGCCAGGGCGACUUCCUGCGUUCACGGAAUCACCUGCUCCGCACCAUCUCAGCCCAGCCCAGUGGGCCCGGCCACCGGCACGAGCGGACGCAGACUGCCCCACCUGGAGCCCAAUCCAGGCACAGGCCUGGUGUCAUCUUCGGCCUGGGGAGCACAGCCGGGGGUGAGGCCAGUGACAUCCAGAGCUGGCUCUCAGACACCCUGAGGCUUGGGGCCCCGACUGGCCUGGCCGCCUCUUCUGCUCCUCGCCCGCCAUCGGCCUAG